GUUGAUAGAGAACCCUUGCAUCGCCGCACUUCUUUGCAAAGCACCUUCUGAACGUCAUACAAACUCUCUUAAACAGGAACCCUUGACAGCAAAAGUUUUUGUAUCGUUGAGUCAUCUUUGCUGAUUUUGUCGCUGUCCCAAAAGAGAGAUGCCGCCGAAGGCCGAUGCUAAGAAUGCCAGCGAGCCGAAGGGAGCUGCCCGCUUCGGCCGCGUCCGCAACUCGCUUAAGAUGGGGAUCGUCGGGCUGCCGAACGUAGGCAAGAGCUCUUUGUUCAACCUCCUAACGGAGCAGAACAUCGCUGCCGAGAACUACCCCUUCUGCACCAUCGACCCCAACGAGAGCCGUUGUGCCGUACCGGACGAGCGCUAUGACUGGCUCUGCAACCUCUGGAAGCCGCCCAGCAUGUACCCCGCCUACCUGCAAGUGACGGACAUUGCUGGUCUGGUUCGAGGCGCCGCGGAGGGUGCGGGGCUGGGUAACGCCUUCCUGUCGCACAUCUCGGCAGUGGAUGGCAUCUUCCAUGUGGUUCGCGCCUUCGACAACGACGAGGUGGUCCACGUGGACGACUCGGUGGACCCCAUCCGCGACCUGGAGACCAUCCAGAUGGAGCUGUGCAAGAAGGACCUGGAGUUCGUGGCCAAGGCGGAGGAGAAGGAGCUGCGCGACGUGAAGAAGAGCCAGGGCAUGAAGAUCUCGCUGGUGUUCACGAGCACCUUUGAGAAGGUCAAGGAGAUGCUCAAGGAGAACAAGCCGGUUCGCUGCGGCGACUUCAACAGCAAGGAGGUGGAGCUCAUCCGCGAGAAGCUGGACAACCUGAUCACCACCAAGCCGGUGGUCUACCUGGUCAACCUUAGCGCGGACGACUACAUCCGCAAGAAGAACAAGUGGCUGGCCAAGAUCCAUGCCUGGAUCCAGGCCCACGGCGGCGGAGUGCUGAUCCCCUUCAGUGUGGAGUGGGAGGGCAAGCUGUGGGCCACGCGGGACGACCCAGAUGGCCGCAAGGCCUUCCUGGACGCCAGCGGGGGGGCGGUGUCGGCCAUGCCAAAGAUGGUGGUGCAGGGUUUCAAGGAGCUCAACCUGAUCUACUUCUUCACGGCGGGUGAGACGGAGGUGCGCUGCUGGACCAUCCAGAAGGGCACGCUGGCGCCCCAGGCGGCGGGGGUGAUCCACUCGGACUUUGAGAGGGGAUUCAUCAAGGCGGAGGUUGUGGCCUACGACGACUUCCGCUCCAUCGCCACCAGCAAGAGCAUGAUGGAGGUGAAGGCGGCGGGCAAAUACCGGCAGGAGGGCAAGCAGUACGAGGUGCAGGACGGGGACAUCAUCCACUUCCAGUUCAACGUGACCGCAUCCGGCAAGAAGUGAGCGGAGGUGUGUGUGUUUAGGAAACUGGCCGCGACGAAGUGAGAGGUGGACGUGUGCGCGCAGCGAUUGCAUUCAACAACACACGCGCGGUGCGGAACAACAACGCCCGAGGGUUGCGGUUGACAUGCCGGGGUGGGCUGGUGCUGUGUGAGCUGCAGUGGCGGCAGCAGCAGCAGCAGCAACAGCGGCGGUGACAGGUUAACCUGUGAUGCAUGCGUCUUUCAUACCUGUUUGACUUUCUGUGUUGACCUUUGAGCAACGUUCAUUACCGCACAGGGCGUGCGUGUAUGCGUUCCUUGUUGAUACGGUCAGCGGUCGCUUUUGCUUAUAACCCCGGCGCGGUGGUUAGGGCGGAUUGACCUGGAAACGACAUGAGUUGACCUGUCAGUGAACGGCGAUCGACGUGUAUUGACGGGGUUUGACGUGCUUGGCGGUGUAUAGGCCGUUAUGGUUAACGUUAUCCGUGUGAGAAACACACAUGAGCAAGCUACACCUCUCAGGCAUGCAGGCAGGCGUAACGUGAUGACAGAUUCGCGAUCUGCAUACUGACUUGGGAUUUGACGUACUGACUACGACACAAUCCAACAAUGGAUGGUAGGAUGGAUGCAUUGCGUGUGUGCGUCCCCUGUGUGAGGAGGAAGUGUUUGCACGAAGCCGACCCCUCCUUAGGUCGGUCCAGUUUCGCUGGGUGGGCAUGUGGACUAGCGAGCUUUCGGCAUGCGGGGCAUGUGCAUGGCCCACCGAAGUAGUGUGCACCCCACCCUUGCGCGUGAGGAGGAGAAAGGGGGGUGGGUUCUGACGCGGGUGGUGCAGAGCUGGCC